AAUGGCGAAUGCAUCACAGUUAUCUCCGACAAACAAACACUUCUUCAAGCCUCUUCUCCCCGGAUUCCAGAGAAACCUCAAUAUUCCUGUGAAGUUCUUCUCCGAGCACAUCGAGGGAAAACACGAGGGCGAGACUGUAAAGUUGAGAGCAGAUGCGUCGAAGAGAACAUGGGAAGUGAAGAUGGAUGGCAACAGACUCACCGAAGGUUGGAAAGAGUUCGUGGAGGCACAUGAUCUUCGUAUCCGCGACUUCGUUGUCUUUAGACACGAAGGAGACAUGGUGUUCCAUGUCACUGCUUUGGGACCUAGUUGCUGUGAGAUCCAAUACCCACAGUCUAUCAGCCAUGAAGAAGGCGAAGAGAGUGGUGAAGUUGAAAUAUCCGAGAGAGAAGUUGAGGAGAAUUUGCAAAAAGAAUAUGAUCAGUCUUCAGCAGAUCUGAAUUGUUUUAGCCAAUCCGUAACGCACUCAAACAUAUCAAAUGAUCUUGUGACUCUGCCCAGGGAUUUCGCAAAACGAAACGGUUUAGACAAAGGAAUGCAUGAGAUAGUAUUGAUGAAUGAAGAAGGAAAGUCAUGGGAAUCAGAAGUAAGGAGUAGAAUGUCUGGUCAGGUUUUUAUUGUUGGAGGUUGGAAAAGUCUCUGCAGCGAAAAUAAAUUAAAAGGUGGAGAUUCUUGCACAUUCAAACUGCUGCAAAAUGCGAAAACGCCCGUGUUUCAGCUCUGUAGCCGCAUCGGAGAAAGUCGGUUUGUGAAGUUAACUCCUACACUAAACAGCCUUGAGAUUGGCAAACAGCAUCUACCGGUAAGUUUCACGAAAGGGAAUGGACUCAUACAUCCGGGGGAGAUAAUUCUGGUGGACAAAGACAGAGUUGAAUGGUCGAUGAAGCUUCAGGUUGAUAAUAGAGGAGGGAUGCAUAUAUUUGGUGGUAAUGACUGGAAAAGUUUCUGUGCCGCAAAUGAAGUAGGCGCAGGGGAGUCACUAACUUUGGAGUUGAUUCGAGGAGGCUUAAGUCCUUUAUUCAAGUUCUUCUCCAAGAUAGAGCAACCCUCAUUCGAAGCAGAGGAUAGGAGACACAAGAGAGCUCGAGUCCAUAAUGGGAGCCAGGAAACAGAUAAGGGAGAACCUUCUCGAGCAACUAAAAUGGGACCGGAGCUUGAGAAAAGGGAGAAGACAGCUGAAAAAGGAGAACCGUCUCGAGCAUCUAACAAAUCCAGUGGUAAACAAGGAAACUUACAGAAAACGCAAGCUUGCUCUGUCACAGAUCACGUGGCUAAGGUGAAAGAGAGCGUUGUAGAUACUUUAACUAGUAUCAGACGGUUCCAAGCAGAGCUUGAAACAAUGGAACAGAAAUUAGAAGAUUCAUUGCAGGAAAUCAACAAGUUAAGUUAG